CCGGCGCAGUUCAACAAUGGCUGAAACGAAGGCUAGAUGUCACUGCUCUGUUCCACUUUGUAAAUCGAACAAACAACGCCAACCCUACUUAAGUUUCCAUGGAUUCCCGACUGAAUUGAGUCUAAGGAAGAAGUGGAUUAAAGCGGUUCGCCGGGAUGAGGGGCCAAACUUUAAAAUAAAACAAGGUAGCACGUUUGUUUGUAGCCGGCACUUUAGUGAAUCAGACUACACUAACGCUACAGGUAGUGCUAGCAGGCUAGCGUUACCUGACGUGGCUAACUUUACCAACCGAGGUCGCAUCAAGCGUCUGCAAAUCGGUUCUGUGCCCUCCCGUUUCCAGUGGAACAACUGGGGACUGCCAAGAAGGGAGUCUGCUUAUAAAAGAGCAUCAACUCGCUUAGGCCAUGACGUUUGUCCAGCCCUUCCUCUGGAGCAGCCCCUACCAUGUGAGGAAGAGGCGAUGGAGGAGGUCGCAGCUUCGGUGGUGAUGACAGAACAUGAUUACGGUUCUGCUCUUAAACCAGGUGCACUGGAUGCUGCUGCUGCACACAUACAGCAACUGGAAGACAAAAUCAAGGAGCUGACAACAGAGCUGUCACAGCUGAAAGUGGGUGAAGUGCAUUUUCACCGAUUUUGUGUCUCAGACAAGGACAUCCUUUUUUACACAAGAUUCACGUCAAGAUAUGUUUUUUGUCACUUCUGGGAGGCAAUUCAACCAUCUGCCUCCAUGGUGGUUUAUUGGUCGAAAGCUCAGAAAAAGGGACAAACAUUUGAACCCAUUUCUCCCAGUCCAACGCGUAGGCUGCAACUGGUUGAUGAGUUUUUUCUUUUCUGCUGCAGAGUUGCUGCAGGCCUGCAAGAGAAGGUGCUGGCUGACAUGUUUCAGGUCAGUGUGUCCACUGUCUCCCGUGUUGUUAUAACGUGGGCCAACUACCUUUACCUGCUCCUUGGCUCCCUUCCCAUCUGGAUGAGUAAACAGCAAGUCAAGAACACCAUGCCAAGCAAAUUUGUGCAGUACAGUCCAGAUGUUCGGGUAAUCAUCGACUGCACCGAGGUGCGAUGCCAGAAUCCAUCAUCCCUCACUCUCCAGUCUGAGGUUUUCUCAUCGUACAAAAACACGACAACCUUGAAGGGAUUAAUUGGGAUUGCCCCAUGUAGUGCUGUGACUUUUGUGUCAAGUCUCUUCACCGGCUCCAUCUCUGACCGAGAGCUGACUGAACAAAGUGGACUGCUGGACUUACUGGAGCCAGGAGAUGGCUGCAUGGCAGACAAGGGUUUCACCAUCGAGAAGCUGCUAGCUGACCGUGGGGCAAUGCUGAUUAUACCACCCUUCAAGAUGACAGCGCAGUUCACCAAAGAGGAUGCUCUAAAAACACAAGCAAUCGCCCGACUUCGAAUCCUCGUGGAAAGAGCAAUACGCAGAGUCAAGGAAUAUCGCAUCUGGGAACACUCUCCCUCUAACCUUGUCUGGGACAGUCAACCAGCUGUGGACCGUCUGCUGUGUGAUGACCAACUUCCAGGGACCACUUGA